UCAUCCAAAGUCCAGAUGAGGGAUCAGUAAAUACAACGUGCCUGAAAGGCAAGCCUUGAGCACAUUCUUCUGGUAGACAUUAACUUAUUAAAUCGACCCUGAUGGCAAAUAUAAACUUUGCCCCAUCUCACUUGGCAACCAUAAAAGAAGUGAAUUUCAGUCUAUAAAAGGAAGUGGGAGCUGCUGCUGGAUUUUGGGCUCCAACAACCUCCGACUGUCAAGAUGUGGCACCUCAAACUCUUUGCAGUGCUCAUGAUCUGCUUGCUGCUGUUGAACCAGGUAGAUGGCUCCCCCAUAAUGGAACUGAGUUCAACCAAGAGAAGGCCACGGAGAAUGACCCCGUUUUGGAGAGGGGUUUCCCUAAGGCCCAUUGGAUCCUCCUGCCGGGAUGAUUCUGAGUGUAUCACGAGGCUGUGCAGAAAAAGACGCUGUUCCCUAAGUGUGGCCCAGGAAUGAUGUCCAACCAGGGGAAAGGAGGACAGCACUUACCUACCACAAUGCUCCGUUCUAUGGAAUAUUGAUUAACUGCAUUUUAGCUGGAGACACUUAAAUGAAGCAAUCUUGUAUUUUUAAUAUUUAAAGACAGAUAUGUGCUUUAAACUGGUUUCCGUUUCUUCUUAGAAUGUUAUGUAGAUAUGCAUUACUAAACUUUGUUAGAGUUUAUUUUUCUAUGUAUACCAUUAAAUGUCUCAAAAUUUU